AGCAAAGAUGGCGUCGGGCCGUUUUCGAGACUUCAGUUGCGUGUUGCCGGUUACCAGCCCGACCGUCUGCACAAGUAUCCUCGGAAUCUCCACGAUGUAGAAGAUGUAUCACGUUUAAUGGGAGAGUCUUUGGUCUAAAAGCAUCGCAAGAGCCUGGCUACUGACAAAAAUACAUCCACUCAGCUAGACAUUUCAUUUUUUCUUUUCAUUAUUCUAGUAUGCGGGAAAUCAGACAUUACUUUCAUGUGUAGCACAUUCACAGUCAUUUAAAUACCAGCAGAAGAUUUUUAAAAUUUCAACUGUGAUGUAAACCACUAAACCAGACUGGAGCAGUCCCCAUAGCAACAGAGGAGAGGGUGGGCAUCACAAAAGGCAGAGAGAGACGUAAUGACUCAGGCCUCUUAAAUUCACAUCCCAAGCUGUAUAUGAUCUUUUAGCACUAAAAACCAAAACCAAACCACAUAGACAUCCUGUUCCAUCUCAGAGAUUGAAACCUGAGAGAUGUCAGUUGGCCCUAAUUUUUCUAACACAAAAAUGGUACGAUCCGCCCUCAUUAGAAAACCUUCACCAAUGGCUUCCCCCUCCUUCCAUCUAGGAGGUACCACUCACUGCCGAGGGGGUGAGCCUAUGCAUCCACCACAAAUCUAGUGCUCAUUGUGGCAGAAUUGCAGUGCACUGGGCUGUACAGAGCAGGGUACCAUCCAGGCUGUUGUCUGUGAGGGGUGGGGUCCAGCUACACUGAAACCACCAAACGUAAGCUUACAGAGGGUCACAGAGAGGCAGAAAAAGCGAGAAAAUAAGAGAGAAGAGGGGGGAAGACUGCACCUGAAGAGGACUAUAAUACGGGAUGAAAGGAGACACCCCAGUGAACAGUACAAUGAGUGUCGGUCAAGCCAGGAAGCUGGUGGAGCAACUGAAGAUAGAGGCUAGUUUCUGCAGGAUAAAGGUAUCAAAGGCAGCAGCCGACCUGAUGGCGUACUGCGACGCACACUCCUGUGACGACCCCCUGAUCACCCCCGUGCCCACCUCAGAGAACCCUUUCAGGGAGAAGAAAUUCUUCUGCGCUCUGCUUUGAGCUCAAUCAGGGAUUGUUGUGAUUAACAGUACAACUGUACAGUAUGUACAUGUAUGUACAGUGUGUACAUGUACUUCUGAUCUAAAUAAGACAUCAAUGUACUAUAGUAACCUUGCAUAAAAGCUGCCGAUGUACAGUACACAAUCAUCUACAAAAAUAUCUAAAUUCUUUAACUGCUAACGUCAGUCUCAAUGUUAGAGGGGAAGAACAAACAUAGCUUGAAACAAAACCCAACACUUCAAUCAAUAAAGAAUCAGAAUCAUCAAAAGAAAAGAAUGGACGUCUUGAGAAAUUUAAGAAAUGGCUAUCAUCUAGUUGAAAACAUAUUUCACGCUCAUACAUAUUACAGGUAACUGCCAAAAAGGAAACUUUUGCAUGCAUGAUCUGAGCAUCAAGUGUCUUAACAAGCUCCAACAGUCCCAGGAACAGACUCAUAUUAAGGAUUCUGCAGCAUUUGACCCUUAACUGGGAGGCUAAAUUCCCACAUUAGGUCUUUGGAUUAUGGUGGUGCUACAUGUCUCAGAUGCUACUCUGAUAGGUCAGGGCUGUCGGUUUUCCCCAUAGAAAUUGUCCAUACAUUUGAGACCUGAUAACUGAGGAAAAAGACAAGCCUAUGUUAGGUAAUUAAGUAUGAAAUCUCCCAUGUGGCGAUUACGUGUAGAUGGAGGUAAAAACCUUCUUCAGAUUACACAUGCUUUACUUACAGGUCGAGGUCUUCAUUCAGCGUUCUUUCUCCAUUAACAUUUAGAUUGUCCUUUAGAGCUAUAUCCCAUCUAUUGUCAAUAUAUUUUGUAUUCCUCAUUCACUUUCCGCUGAUUUGGCAGUUACUUGUAUCUAGCAAGGACAGCAGCUGUUAAUGAGUGGAUUAUCACCAUGUAAUCAAUUCAUUUCAAGGUUUUAUUAAGAUUUUGCUCAUUUCGAUACUGUUGCUGUGGUGUGGAUGUGCAAGUGUGUGUAUGCAAUAGGUGCUACUGUGAAACUAAAGCAACAAUUCUGAGCAUCUGAUCACUGUCAAAUCCAGAUUUUAUAGCUCAAUAGACCCCAAAAAAAAAAAAAACAUUCCAGGGGUUAUGGACUUUUAAUUAUAUAAUCUAAGCCAUUAAAAGAAAAAUAAUCUACUCUGUUAUUAUGAGUCUGUCACCUGACCAAUUUUAUAUUUCUUUGAGGCAAAAAAUAAAUAAAUACAGCAGUUAUAAUGUACUUUUAAAGGGUGAUGUACAUCAUAAUUUUAACCAAUCAGGUAGGAUAGGUUCUCCAGACAAGGGGUCCUUCGGCUUAACGUCUCUACUCAUUGUGAAUCGAGGACUGAUGUGAACGACUUGGGAAUUGCUAUUUUAAUCAAAAGGUGUCACUUUCUCUGUGAUUAUUUCUUCAUCUACAGCCCAGGCAAUGGUUUACUUCUGUUAAAUCAUAUCCACACGAAAAGAAAACUGCUUUCGCUCAGAGUUCCCUCGGAUAUGGUCCCACGUCAUCUUCAACACGACAACACUUUUGGGGAACCCCUGCUCUGGACAAUUUCCAAAAAUGAACCAAUCUAUUUUCAGUGUCUUGCAAAUAUCAAAUUUGGAGCUUUGGCGAAAGAGUAACCAUGGAGUAUCAAGUAUUGAAAUAAAACAUCCUGUUAUCAAACA